CUUUUUGAAUAGGUAAUAAUAAGAAUAAGGUAUAUGUUAUAGUGGGGGGCAUCAUGCUUGUAUAGAGGCCUAGGUGGGGCAAAGCCAAAUAAAGGUUGGCAACCACUGCUCUAGAGUAUGUUUCAGGAUAUUGGGUUCCGCCAUUGUCUUGAUGAAGAAUUCUGGAUUUGGUGAUUGGCUUAUUUGACUUAAACAUUUACAUACCUCUGCCAGUCAGCAAACCUUUUGGCGUGGACAUUGAAAGCCCAUCAUUUCCAAAUGUAUUUAUUGUUUUUAAUAUCCCCAGUCAUCUUGGACUGUGAUUUCUAGUUGUCACCACAAGGUGAAACACACUAAAGCCAUUGCAGGCACUUCACCUCUGUUUGUUUGUUCUUUACAUACAAGCUUUGUUUUUCAAGCCACCGAUUUAAAAUUUGACACCCAGGUACUUUUUUGCCUUACAUAAGGUCUGCUUUUCUAUAACGUUCAGCCCUCCCUCACCAUAUGUCAAAAAUGCCACAGUGUUCUGUUAUCUUCAGUUACAAAUAUUCCUGAAAUCGCAUGGAGACCCCCCUACACCAAAUAUACGCUGCAUUUCUUUCUUUUUCAUCAACCAAAAUAGCCGUUUCCAAAGUUUAUGCUAUCCUAACCAAUGGCAGCUUAUCACUCUCUCCCUGCUUACUUUGUUUGGUCUCAUAACGUUCCCCUCUUCUCCUCCAUUUGUCCGAUGCUAUAGUGAGAAAGCCAGGGAGGACAGAAAAAUCAAAAUACCAGCCAGCGAGAUGCUGAAGAAAAAAUAUCUGCAGUUCCAAAGACUUACCAGACCCAAAAACCCAAAGAAAGGUUUUUAAAGAGUUCCUUACUGUUUUUAUGCUUCAUCCAUAGGAGAGUUGAUGCUAUUGGCGUACCUCCCAAUGUCACAGGUGACUGCAGAGUACUUGGAUCAUAUGGCUGGAAAGUGGAAAAGAAAACACAGAAUAUGAGAGCAGCUCCUGUCUGUGCCAUGGGUCCUGUGGACGCAGUGAUGAACCUGACGCAUGGAGCCACCCAAGAUGGUCUCAAGAAGCACACUCAAGUGACCAUAUCCCACGUGAAUUUGUUUCUCUGCACCAUCAUCUUCAUCACCGGGCUCACGGGGAAUGGGGUGGUCAUCUGGCUGACAGGUUUCCGAAUGAGGAGGAGCGAGUUCAACAUUUGGUUCCUGAACCUGGCCCUCUCUGACCUGUCCUUCAUUAUCUGGCUCCCACUGCGGAUGGCCAGCUUCUACCUGCAGCACUGGCCGUUCGGGUCGUUCCUCUGCAAAGGCUACUACUUCUUGUCCACAGUCAACGUGUACACCAGCGCCUUCAUUCUCAUGGUCGUCAGCAUUGACCGCUGUGUUUCAGUGGCUAGUCCAGUAUGGUAUCGCAACCAUCGGCCAAGAAAGCUGGCCACCCAAGUGUGCGCAGUCAUCUGGGUCCUAACUUUCACCAUCAGUUCCCCGCUUGCCAUCUUUUCCAAGCUAAAAAGCCGAGAAGCCCAUAAGGUCUGCGAAGUUGAUGUUUACUUGUCCUCGGAAGGUAACCUGAGCAUCGUGGGCACCAACCAGACUUCAGCAGAGCAGCAAGAGCGGCUCCGGACACUGGGAAACAUCUUGGGGGUCUUCAUGCCCAUCUUUACAUGCGGCUACCUAAUCCCAUUAACUGUCAUCACAUCCUCGUACUCCAUCAUCAUAUACAAGUUGAGGAGGAUGCCACUGUCGCCAGGUUUCAUCCGGCCUUACCGGGUCAUUGCGGCAGCGGUCCUGUCCUUCUUCAUUACCUGGAUGCCUUCUCGUGUGCUCGGUUUUGUGCAGCUGUUGGCAGUUUAUUCUGUCCAACAUGAAGCCCUUUACAUGUCCCGGCUCUACCUACCCUUGGCCUCCACUUUUGGCUACAUGAACGGCUGCAUCAACCCCAUCAUCUAUGUGCUCAUCCGAAAGGAGUUUCGAGACAAACUGGGGAUCUUUAAAGGUAGUUUCUUGCGAAGCGUCAUCACGGGGGGAGUGAGCUCCAAUGGCCUGGAAAGCUACAACCGCUCGCUGCCAGGAUUCAUCCACCCUUUUGCUGACAAGUCCCCGGAGGACGGGAAUGAGACAAUGCUUGGCAUGUUAGGGGAGUGCAGGAAAAACUCAGACUAAGAUACUGUUUCACCUGUAUAGUGCCUUUUGGAUGGGCGGAGUUCAAUUUCAAGGCAUUUUAUGUUCAUCGUCGUCAUGGUGUCGUUAAGGACACUGAAUUCCAGGACUCAAUUUUCACAGGUGAUUUAUUUAAAAUAUAUUUAUACAAGGUUUUUUUUUAAAAAAAACAAAAAAAAAAAAAAAAAACAUUUUGGUAAUGGUUUAUACAGCGUUUUUAAUACUGUCUUAUAAUUUGAGAUAUUUCACAUUCAGUUUUAAUGAUACAGAAAUCAAUUUAGACUCCUAGCUAUCCCAACAUACCAUUCCAAAUAGUGACUAGGAAGCUCUGUUCUCUUUUUUUUUUUUUAAAUAAAACUAUAAUCAGGAGUACCCAGUGCUAGCAGUGGGUGAUAAGCAAAAUUAUAUAUCAUGAUAUUUACUAAAUUUUGAACGAUAAAUGGUAUG